GAGAGAGAGCAGGCGUAGCUGUUUGCAAGCGGAAAAGCAGCCCGGAUCGCCUCUUCGGGAACGAGAAAACCAGGCAAGAUGCUGCAAGCCGCCCUCCGCAGCUCCGCCCGGCCCCGAUCGGCCCCGAUCCGCCUUUCCCUCCUUGCCUGCAGACCGUUGUCCGCCGCCGCUGCCGUGCCUGCGCCCAACCCGCAGCCGGAGAUCUCCUUCAACAAGAUCUUCAUCAACAAUGAAUGGCAUGAUGCAGUCAGCAAGAAAACGUUCCCGACCAUCAACCCAUCCACAGGGGAGGUCAUCUGCCAGGUUGCCGAGGGAGACAAGGCAGAUGUCGACAAGGCUGUGAAGGCAGCCAAGGAUGCAUUCAAGUUUGGAUCUCCUUGGAGAAGGAUGGAUGCCUCCCACCGGGGCAAGCUGCUGAACCGUCUUGCAGACCUGGUGGAGAGAGACCGGACGUAUCUGGCGGCUCUGGAAACGCUGGACAACGGCAAGCCAUAUUCGAUUGCUUAUCUGGUGGACUUAGAUAUGGUUGUCAAGCACCUCCGGUACUAUGCAGGCUGGGCAGACAAGUUCCAUGGGAAAACCAUUCCCGUAGAUGGAGACUUUUUCACCUAUACGAGGCACGAGCCCGUCGGGGUCUGCGGACAGAUCAUUCCGUGGAAUUUCCCGUUGCUGAUGCAGGCGUGGAAGCUUGGGCCAGCAGUGGCCACAGGGAAUGUGGUGGUCAUGAAACUAGCUGAGCAAACCCCCCUGACUGGUUUGUACAUGGCCAAUCUGGUCAAAGAGGCUGGGUUCCCACCAGGCGUGGUGAACGUCAUUCCUGGCUUUGGGCACACUGCAGGGGCUGCCAUAUCCUCCCACAUGGACGUGGAUAAAGUUGCAUUCACUGGCUCCACAGAGGUAGGACAUCUGAUCCAGAAGGCUGCAGCAGAGAGUAAUCUGAAGAGAGUGACACUUGAGCUUGGUGGAAAGAGUCCAAAUAUCAUCAUGUCUGACGCGGAGAUGGACUGGGCUGUCGAGCAAGCUCAUUCUGCAUUAUUCUUCAACCAAGGACAGUGCUGCUGUGCUGGAUCUCGGACAUAUGUCCAAGAAGAUAUAUAUCAUGAGUUUGUGGAGAGGAGUGUGGAGAAAGCCAAAUCCAGGGUGGUUGGAAACCCAUUUGACUUCAAAACAGAACAGGGACCUCAGGUAGAUGAGACUCAAUUCAAGAAGAUCCUUGGAUAUAUUAGUACCGGGAAAAAGGAAGGAGCGAAAUUGCUCUGUGGUGGCAACGCUGCUGCAGAUAAGGGCUACUUUAUCCAGCCAACCAUCUUUGGCGAAGUGCAGGAUAACAUGACCAUCGCUAAAGAGGAGAUAUUUGGGCCGGUCAUGCAGAUCCUAAAGUUCAAAACCAUUGAUGAGGUCAUCCACAGAGCAAAUGACACCAAAUAUGGGUUGGCAGCCGCAGUCUUCACAAAAGAUAUUGACAAAGCAAACUACAUUUCCCAGGGUUUGCGUGCUGGAACUGUCUGGGUAAACUGCUACAAUGUAUUUGGCAGUCAGACUCCAUUUGGUGGGUACAAAUCAUCUGGACAAGGCCGUGAAGGGGGAGAAUAUGGCCUGACUCCAUAUAUGGAAGUGAAAACAGUAACCAUCAAAGUCCCACAGAAGAAUUCUUAAGGGACAUAUGCAACCUUUGUGUAACUGAAACCGUCCGUAUAAGAUGUCUGAAGUUCAAUAGCAGAAUUUACCAGGAUUUAAGAAGAGAAACCUCCUUCUUAAAGCAACGCUUGACUUAAGCAAACAACCUAAGAAGUAAAGAAAAAUCUUUACUUACCAGCUUACAUUUUACUUAGCCUUCUCUCUACACCAGACGCCUCUGUAUAUUAGCGUUUCAUAUUGGAAGAUCUUCUUCAAUAUGCAUUUGAGCCCUUUGAAAAACCUAUUACUGUACAGUGAUUUGUAGUGUUUUGGGGAUUCAGAAGCAAAGAGAAUGUAUUAUCUUAAGAACUGAGGUCUUCUCCUUCUUUCCAUGUGUAAUCUGUCCCUCCUUUUGUAUAAGAGAAUUCUAAAAUGGACUUAUUUUGACUGCCAAAUAAUGUAAAGAUAGCACCUUCUGUGACUUUAAAAAAAAUCUUAUCAAAUACAUUAAACAAAUUUAUGUCGACUAUGGAA